AUGGGUAUCCUCGAAAAAAUAGCCGAAAUUGAGCGGGAAAUAUCUCGAACACAGAAAAACAAAGCAACCGAGUAUCAUUUGGGAACAUUAAAAGCGAAGCUUGCGAAAUACAGAGCUCAACUUUUAGAACCCACAUCAAAAUCAUCGAAAGCGGGCGAGGGUUUCGAUGUGAUGAAGUCCGGUGAUGCAAGGGUCGCUUUAAUUGGUUUUCCUUCUGUUGGUAAGUCAACCUUACUUAACAAGGUUACCUCAACUGCCAGUGAGUCAGCCUCGUACGAAUUUACCACUUUAACUUGUAUUCCUGGUGUUAUUGAACAUAAUGGAGCAAAUAUCCAGCUGUUAGAUUUGCCUGGUAUCAUAGAGGGUGCCUCUCAGGGGAAGGGUCGCGGACGGCAAGUAAUCGGAGUCGCCCGAACGGCGGAUAUGAUAAUCAUGAUGAUGGAUGCGACGAAAGGUGAGAUUCAGAAAGUCCUACUGGAGAAGGAAUUGGAAACAUGCGGGAUUCGUUUGAACACCCGGAAACCAAAUAUCUACUUUAAGAUAAAAAAAGGUGGUGGAAUAGCAUUCAAUGCGACUUGCACCCUCACUCGAAUCAAUGAGAAAGUGGUUCAGACUAUUUUACACGAGUACAAGAUCUUCAAUGCAGAGGUUCUCUGUGAGGACUGUGGUGUAGAUGAACUCAUUGAUGUUGUUGUUGGUAAUCGUGUUUACUUACCUUGCUUGUAUGUUUACAACAAGAUUGACUGUGUUUCUCUUGAAGAAGUCGAUCGCAUUGCACGUUUGCCACAUUCUGUGGUGAUCAGUUGUGGGUUAGAGUUGAAUUUGGACUAUCUGCUGGAAAAAGUGUGGGAUUACCUUGCCUUGCUGAGGAUUUACACGAAGAAAAAAGGAUGCCCGCCUGAUUUUGAGGACUGUCUAAUACUACGAAGAGGUGCAACUGUCGAGCAUGUCUGUCACACAAUACACAGGAGUAUUGUGGAUGCAUUUAGAUAUGCAUUAGUGUGGGGCACAAGCACAAAAUACAGUCCGCAACGUGUUGGUAUUGGUCAUGUGAUGAAUGAUGAAGAUGUCAUUCAAAUCAUGAAGAAAUAGAGUUGUAACAUUUUAAAGAUGUGUAUUGCAUAUAUCAAGCAAGCAGAUCUUUCUGCAAGUGUGUCAUUCUUUGCUUAUCAUCUUUGCAUAAGUAACAUUGCAUCUCAAAAUUGCAUCAACAGUUGAUUUAUUGUCUUGAUUUUGCGAACAAUAAUUUAACUUUAAAAUACAAAUAACACAAAUUAUAUAUCUGCUCUAAAUAUCCCAUAUGCCAAAUUAAAAUACCUUUUAUUAUAAAA